CAAAGCUUAAUUAAUCGGAUACGUGGAUGUCUGUAAUAAGCAAUGAGAAACAUAAUUGCGCUGUUGAUUCGAGGAAAAAUUACCGAACGUUUGAGAUCAAAAGUUUAAAGGUUGUUCCAGAAAAUUUCGUUCCAGUGACUUGUACGUUACUUUUCCUUUAUCUUUCUUACGACACAGUCAUAUGAAAUAUGAACACUGUAUUAUGGAACGAUAAGAAGAGGCCUUAAACAAGAGGAGAGAAAAGAAGAAAAGAAGGAAAAGAAAACAGGAGAGAUAACAACUGAAAGUGGGAAAUGUAUAUUUAAAACCAGUGGAAUGGAGUGAGAAGGAGAGAGUUGUGAAGAGCCAUCUUGCUUGGGGACGAAAGCUCAGCUGCGGCAGUAGAGAUCCAGUGCUCCGUGUGACUACCUCGUCUCGCGUCUCUUCUCCAGGCGCUGCUCCUUGUUAUCGUAUUUUCCGUUUCCGAAACAUGACUGAGAAAUAGUGUGGGAGGAUAUGUGCUGUUGGGAUAUACGUAUAUAAUCUUAUACGUAGCUUCAAAGGAGUUUCGCCAACAUGCAGCUUGGCAUAUUGGGUAUGUUGACAUUAUUAAUAUUUUUACUGUGCAGUACAUGUGCUCAGGAAACUGAUGAUGCCCAGGUUAAAGAGCCGUUUGAGAGCGAGAAGAACAUGCCCGGCGCCGGCGUUGAGGAUGCAAGUGACAAAGAUGGAGGAGCUAGAAGUCAUUACGAAGUAGAAGAGACAGAUAUCCUUAUCAACCCCAGUCGGCUGUACAAUCGUGUGAAGGAGCUGUAUGACAUGCUCGCCCACCAUCGUUUGUACUAUGACCUUCUCUCACGCCAAGACUUCCAUGUGAUUGUUGACGAAGUAACUCACUUGCCCCAAUACUUCAGCGACCUGGCUUUCCAAGACGCAGACCUCACACCUGAUAGCAGAGAGGCCCAACCCUUUGACUUAGACUAUGUGAAAGCAAAAGUUAAAGUGCCCGUUAAUCCAUCUCUCUUCAAGUCAGUAUACAAGCUCCACCAGCAGCUGAAUCAGGUAGAGCCGCUGGUGCACAACGCCGCCUCUGCCCUCCAGGAGGUCAUUCCCCAGUAUCAUCUAGAUGAAGCUGCGGCCAUGGACAUGAUUCAUGAACUUCUACCUCAACUAGGCGUUCAAAUGGAGGAAGUUGGCGAUCUUGUGCCACUGACAACUCCGCCGACCAGUAUUUCCUCGUCGCUCUCUGUCACUUUCCAUUCCAGCGAGCAUAACAUCCCUACAUCGACUUCAUCUCAGUCAUCUGUCCCUAUUACUAAAUCACCAAUGGCGAACCCGCAAGCCACUCCAAUGCCGAUGGAAUCGACAGUCUCCACCUCGCCUUUUGUAGUUCCAAAUGUCAAUGAAAAAACAGUGGAAACUAUUAGAAACAUAGUGUCAUCUGUCAACAGAAGUGAGGCCAUACACGAAAUCAGUCAAAUUCUGUCAAACCAAACUGAUAUGACUCAGAACAAGACUGAUAUGCCACCAGGUAAUGUUGCAUCUCAUUCUAAACAACCUUCAUAUGCAACAAACUAUCAAAUUGGAGGAAACAGUGGUAUUAAGAUAAUUCAAGAGAUAAAUCCCAGUAUGUUCUGGUGGAGACCCCCUUUUGGAAACAUCCCUGUCGGCCUAUUGCCUCUUCAUAACAACAGAACGCAAGAUGCUAGUGAUGCGACAACACAACGCCCCUCACCCAUUACUGACUGGGUAGUUAAUCCCGACGAAUCUGAACCUUUUGAUGAUGAUUUACGCAAUACGAAGGAACAAUCAAAUCCAGUUGAAGAGCAAGAAAAUCUCUCUUUCACCCCGACCAACACCGUAAACAUCAUUGAGACUUCACCCCUUUAUCUCGGAAAUCAUUUUAGUCUAAGACAUCCUCCUCAAGGAGGCUUCCUCAUCCCUGCUGAUGAAGACUUUACACCUGAGCCUUCCUCUACAGGGUUUGAGCUUCAAAAUGUCCCCGCUAUAAAUGGUAUGUCUUUGGAGCAUGGACAACAAAUAUCUCUCGUCCGAACUCCUACUCUCCCCGCUCAACUCCAGGAAACUCCAUCAGAACCAUUGAAAGUAAAGCCAAUUUUAACAGUGAAGGAUAGUCUUUUCCGCCCGUCUCUUUUCUCCAUGCACGCUCCAGUAGGUACGAUUCAGUCUUCUCAAAUAGCAGAAGUAUCUAACAAACAUCAACAACCUCCAGAAGCGUUCUCGAAUAUGUUCUCUUUUUUGUCCCCAUCCACAACUUCCCCGGUGAAUGUUAUUACAGUUGAAUCAGAACCGUCAGCAGCACACAUGUUUCCUUCCCCAUCAAAACCACAGGAAGAUGUUACUGAUGAACUAAAUGAUUUCCCGUCUUUGCAUUAUAAUUUAGAAACAACAGAAGAUGAUACGAUGCCAGUCAAUCACGAAACUGAAGUAUCUACUACUGCUCCUAUGAUUACUCUGAGUGUUUUACCAGAUGAACACUUUCCCGUUCCAACCCACUCACCCCAGGACUCGAAUCAAUUGUUUUUAUCCAGAGUCCAAGACAUGCAUAAUUUACAGUCACCGUUAUCUUUAGCUGAGCAAGAUUUAAAGUCCCAAUCGUCUAGUGUUUGGGAAGUGCAUGAACAAAAAGACACCGGGAAUAGAACGUCUUUGACGCAGAGUGCAUUGGAAAUUAUGCAUCAAUCACUCACCACUCAGGGCCCAAGCAAGGCGCCACUGGCUAAUAAGGGGCACAUAGGCAUGGUGAAUUUUUUUAAGGAGUGGAAUAAAUUCUCGAUCAUUCAUCAAGACUCUGAUAUUCCUAGUCAGGCAGGUACAGAAGCACCUUCAAUACAUCAAAACAUAUCUUCGUUUUCUCAGGGAACACAUUUUGGUGAAAAUGACUCGGGUGCAGAUGUUAAUGCCGAUUCGCAUUAUGAUAUCAAUGUUAGUAUAGCCUUUGGAAAUAGGGAUAAUUUUAAUGAGGAUACCGACCAGGCAAUUAAUAAUUAUGCUGAGGUAUUUUCAACCAUACCAGUAGAUGCCACUACAACAUCAGAGCCUCAGAGUGUGGACGUGCAUCUCAACAGUCAUCCACAUCAAAUAACUGAUUCAGACUACUACACUUACAAUGACUAUUACUACUACGAUAACUACAAUUACUAUGAUUACCAAGGGUAUGAAGAGCAGGCACCAAUAAGAGGGAGAGCAGAAAAUUCACCCCCAGAUAUCGAAAUUUCGCUCGACAUCUCCAAAAUUCCGGGCGCCGUCCCGGUGUCAACAGAAGACCAGGACCUGCAGGAGUCAGUUCCUGAGGCAGCCUCGCGUUCCACUCUCCGACCACCACCUCGACGACCUGCUCUAAGGCCCCGUCCAAGACCAGAAGUUAAUAAUAGUAUAAGACAGAGUACAGGUAAUACCUUACGGCCCCACCCUAAUAGGCCAUUUUCCCGACCAAUCCCCAGCAGAACAAACUCAAACAAUCCUUUAGGCUUCCCGCGACGCCCAACCACGACGACACCACCUCCUCCACAAGCUAUCGACCGUCUUAGUCUGUUAAUGUCCCAAGGUGGUACCACUGUGCCUCCCAUCACCUCCACGACUCGCGGAGGGCCAACCCGCCAACAGUUACAGGAUGCCCUUCAGUUACUGGUAGCACUGCAGGAAAAUUUCAAUGAAGAAUCGACCUCAAGGCCCCCAGUUACCCAAUCACCAGUUUCGGCAUCCAUUAUUAACCUUCCGAAUCCUCAGAAUUCUGGCACUGGAUUCCAAGUCUCGUUGUCCCAGAGGGUUUCAGGACAGAACCAGCAAUUCGAGGCUUCUGUCGGUGAGCCAGUAUAUCCUCCAGCGCCUCCUCCAUUCCCUGGCCCUCCUGGACCAAUUCCCGUCCCUAGUGGAGUUUUAACAGGUGCCCCAUAUUCUGGCAUCACAAACCGGCCAGGGGCUCCCGUUCCUAAUCCCUACCCUGGGUACGGACCCGGAUCUUUCUCACCAUUUGCACAUGGUUAUCCUGGAUAUCCUUCAUCACAAUACCCUUAUCCACCAAACCAAUAUCCUUAUUACCCACCUUACCCUCCGUACCCAUACCCAUAUCCCCAGUCCCAUAAUGGGUGUCGAGGAGGCGGGGCGUCGACCAGCACUUCAACGGGGCCUGGUUCCGCAGCAGCCGCAGCAGCAGCAGGGGGAGGAUGUGGCGGAGGCUCUACAUCAACAUCCACGUCAGUUGGCCAAAGUGCCGGCGCAGCACCCGGCUCCGUGUCUGUAGGAGGAGGCACUCCAACCAAUCCUUCACCGGCCGCGGCUCCUCAACACAAUAUGUUUAGUGCUCCUGCACCUCCGCCUAGGGACCCUGCUCCUCCAGCUCCUCCUUCUACUCGUCCGCCGCCCUUCAGCAUCAGCUUUGGCACAGGGUCGACCACGACGGAGGCGCCGGCGGUGUCGCAGGAAGAGUACAAUAGCGUUGUUUCAGCUCUCCACACGCUCAUGUCGUACCUCAACCGCACCAACACACAGUCUAGAGACGAAGUGCCGGCGCCCCCCGCCCCGCCGCCGCCCCCCAGCCGGGUCGUGGCACUCCCGGCACCUAACAUACUCUACUACCCGGUGCCCGCGUCACGCCCUCGUACCACGACCUCCAGGCCGAUAGCUCGCCCUUUCCUCCAUCAUCUGGAUAUCCUUCUAGCCAGGCCGGCGGGUCCCAGACCUCCGGCACCUCCUCCCAGGCCCCCGGGCGUCAGCUUGCCUCAGAACCUUCCGUAUGGCGGCCACAUCGGACAGGGUCAACACGGGCAGCUGGAGGCCGUCAGGCCCUGCGUUGCGUGCUGAAGUCACAAGGAGAUUCUGCCAUAAGAUGCUUCAAAACAUGUCUCUGUUGUGAUAUGAUGAAAGAAGAGCGACGCAGCGGUGGCAGUGUGAUGUCCACCCGAUAAGCUUUUCCUGUGUGUUGUUUCAGACUUCCGACUUAGACCGUGAUAUUUGCCGUUCCAGCGACCACAGCAGCGCCGUCACCAUUCAGCGUCAGUGUGGACGUCUACGUUCCAAUAUUGUCCGAGCUCCUGAGCGGCGGUUCAACGACGCCUUCGCCAGUGGGUGCUGUCACGCAGCCUGUGCUCGUCUUCAGGCCCCAGCCGAGGCCUGGGCCCUUGGGUGCUGGCGGGGUCUCGCGGAGUCCUCAGGGGCAGACUAUCCAAGAAUUAAUACAGCAAGGUUAUACUAGCGGAUAAGAGGAGUGAUAUGAAAAGGAAAACCAAUAGCUAUAGUUUGCUCGCUCUUCUUCCCGUAGCGACGACCACAACCCCAAGACCUAGACGAGGAGGAAUAGCUGGCCUUCUGCAGAACUUAUUCCGGGGGAACACCGAAACGACCACCGCGCCUCAGACAGCCAACCGACCACAAGACGUGCACGUGAUCCCUUACCCUUCG